CUUCUAAGCAUAAAAACCCAAACUUUUCUCUUUCGUUUUUGCUUUCUUCUAAGCAAUCUGCAGGCAGGAGUGUGAUUCGCAAAAAAGUCGAAUUUGGAGGAUUCUUUCUGAGGGAUUUUUCAGUGAGAAAAUGGCGUCGAAACGGAUCUUGAAGGAGCUGAAGGAUCUCCAGAAAGACCCUCCAACCUCCUGCAGUGCAGGUCCAGUUGCUGAAGACAUGUUUCAUUGGCAAGCUACAAUUAUGGGUCCUGCAGAGAGUCCGUAUUCAGGCGGUGUGUUUCUCGUUACCAUUCACUUCCCUCCGGAUUAUCCUUUCAAGCCACCAAAGGUUGCAUUUAGGACGAAGGUGUUUCACCCAAAUAUCAACAGCAAUGGAAGCAUUUGCCUCGACAUCUUGAAAGAGCAAUGGAGCCCCGCUCUAACCAUUUCCAAGGUGUUGCUCUCGAUAUGCUCGCUGUUAACGGAUCCAAAUCCAGAUGAUCCGUUGGUGCCAGAGAUUGCACACAUGUACAAAACCGACAGAGCCAAGUACGAGGCAACUGCAAGAAACUGGACUCAGAAGUAUGCCAUGGGCUAACCAAAAGAUUCUUCUGCUUCAGCACCUGUUUAUGCUUUUAUUUAAAUAUGUUUUAUUUCUUCUUCUUGAUUUAACUUCAAUAAAAUGUUUAAAAUAUCAACUUUUUCUUUCUUUUUUUUCUAUCAAAGAAGCGUCUGUACUAUAUAUGUUUAUUGGUUUGAAAAAAAAAAUGUUUGUGGGUUUGAUUAUCAUCACCUCUAUCUGAAAUUCUGAAGGUUUAUAAUU